AUGUAUUUUGCCCGAAAUUCACUCAUACGCACACGUUCGGCCAUUCUCAACUUCAUUCAGGCCAUCUACAAAGCUUUGGUGCAUCGGUCCACAAAAGCCAAUUCAAAGGGUAAUCAUGCACAUCCCGAGAAUGAAUCCUCAUGUCAGGUAGUCAUGGUUCUCGGAGCUGGUCGAGGCCCAUUGGUCAAUGCAACUCUGUCUGCCUCUGAGCGAGCCAAUUGCCCGGUCCGCGUAUAUGUAGUCGAGAAAAAUCCCAAUGCGCUUUACACGCUUCAAGAUCGAAUGACACACGAAUGGCGUGGAUUGGACGUUCAUCUUAUAGCCGGCGAUAUGCGUGAACUCGAUGUCCCGGAAAAGGCUGACAUUUUUGUCAGCGAAUUGCUGGGCUCUUUCGGGGACAACGAGCUGAGUCCGGAGUGCUUGGAUGGAGCACAACCCCACCUAAAAGAUUUGCAAGAGUCCAAUGCACGGUACACGAUCUGCACUUUCCCCAUGGAUCAUGAAGCGAUUGUGCACGGGCUAGCUGGUUAUUUCGAGGCUGUCUUAUUCGAUGACGUGACUCUGAGUACUCACCCGCAACGUCACAGUCCACAGAUGGUCUCUUGGUUCCCUCUGGCCAUUCCGAUCGAGCGCCCACAGCAUGUUCGACCCGGGGAGCGUGUCACAGUACAUUUGUGGCGUGUAGUCGAACCGAGGCACGUUUGGUAUGAGUGGGCUCUAACCGAACCACGACCCUCGAGAAUCCAUAAUGCUGCAGGGCAAGCAUACAAAAUUGCUCUAUAA